UGUGCGGCUGCUGGCAUUCGAUUGCCAUUCGCACAAGUUGCAUGUUCGCGACUCGAUUUUCGGUUUCCUCAUUGUUUUUUCGGUUUUCUCUGCGCUUUUUUCCCCCUUUUUUACGAAUUUUUUUUUUUGGGCCGCUCGCGUGCUCUGUGCAUAUUUUAAAUCACUUCCUCUGCCAACACCCACUCCACCACCCCCCUCCCCCCGCCUACCAGUGAAUUCUAAUUAAGUGUGCGCGCUAAUGCGUUAAACGGUCCUGCAAUUUGUUUUAAGCCAAAGACAACAGCAAAAAAAAAAGUCUUUGUUUCUUUUUCUGUUUAUGUUUUCGUUUGAGUGGAAAUUACAUUUAUAAUUACGCUUAAUCAGUCGAUUACUGUCAUCGCAAACACGGAUCAGCCGAGGACCCACCGCAGCGUUCGAUGAGCACACACACAUGAGCGGCAGAUCGAACCGAGCUUGAAUCGGGAUAAGACACGUUCCCCCAAUUACCUGCUCUCGCUGACCCACUUGACCAGUUAGCCCAGAAAACCAGCAGAAAACCAGCAGAAAACCAGCAGAAAAUCGGCAGAAAACCAGAAGCCCAGAGAGCGGGACGAGAAGUAUCAGUAUCAGCAUCAGCAUCGGAAACAGGAACCCUCACCAUGGGCAAGAAGAACUCUAAAUUGAAGCAGGACACCAUCGAUCGGCUGACAACAGACACAUACUUCACCGAAAAGGAAAUUCGUCAAUGGCACAAGGGCUUUCUCAAAGACUGUCCGAAUGGCUUGCUGACCGAACAAGGCUUCAUCAAAAUCUAUAAGCAAUUCUUCCCCGACGGAGACCCUAGCAAAUUUGCCUCCUUGGUAUUUCGUGUCUUCGAUGAGAAUAAUGAUGGCGCCAUUGAGUUCGAGGAGUUUAUUCGGGCCCUGUCAAUAACAUCACGCGGUAAUCUGGACGAAAAGCUGCACUGGGCCUUCCGUUUGUACGAUGUGGACAACGAUGGCUACAUAACCCGCGAGGAGAUGUACAACAUAGUGGAUGCCAUCUACCAGAUGGUGGGUCAGCAGCAGCAGACGGAGGACGAGAAUACGCCUCAGAAGCGGGUGGACAAGAUCUUCGACCAGAUGGACAAGAAUCACGACGAUCGUCUCACGCUGGAGGAGUUCCGUGAGGGCAGUAAAGCUGAUCCACGUAUAGUGCAGGCGUUAAGUUUAGGUGGUGAUUAACCGCGAUUAACCUGUUGUCGCGCGGAUUACGAGGCGAAGGCGGAGGAGGAGAAGGGGGGGCGGGGAGGGAGCGAUAGUGACAGUGUGAUAGGAGACAACAACGAUCAGCGAUCAAAAGGGUCAGAGGUCGCCCACACAAGCAUGCCCACACACACACACCCGUGUACCAUAUGCCAUUUGACCUUUUGGGUGGCAGUUUGUUAGCCCCCAACCUCCCACUCCCACUUCCCCUCCCCCACACACACCCACACAAAGAACGCUCAUACACACACACACACACACAAACACAGUGUUUGGCCCCUUGAGAACUUGUCUUAAGUGAAAUUCCAACUAAUAGCAAAUUAUAUACUCAUAUAUAUACAUAAUAUUUCAAUUAACAACAGCCAAGCCGCAUUAAGCUAAAAAAUUAAAAAAAAAAAAAAAUUGUUACAAAAACUUUGAAAACUAAAUGAAAACAAAAGAACACCAAUUUAAGUCAAAGAAGCGCUUUUUUAAAAACAUAUAUUGAAUAUAUUUAUGUGUGUGCGGAAAGUAUCGAUAAAUAUAGGUAUUGAAUAAAAGAAAAAACCUACAUAAAAUAACUACUAGGCACUUGCUCCAUAAUGAUCCUAGGCAUUUUUAUUGAAAUGCUUGCCAAGCAAACGGGAAAUUUAAAUUCACAACAAAAUUGAUAAGUGCCGAAAUUAGGCCACUGAAUAGUUGUCACAUUUUUUUUGCGCGAAACCAAAAAUCGGAAUUAAAUGAAGCUACAGCUACUAUACCUAAAAAUAUGGAUAUACACAAUGCAGCACCGACUCAGCUGGUACUUAUACUUAAAGCAUAUACCUAUAUACCGAUAUUUAUACCGAUACUAGUUCGCUGUUGGCAUAGAAGCCCACUCGAUUGUUUUGAUUGGUUUUGGCCAGGCCAGCUGCUCUAACUGUUGAUAAUCGAAUCGAACGUGUUGAUAAUCGCAAUGAAGUUUAGCUUAAGCUAAGGCCACCAAAAAUAUACUCUAGCCAAGCAGAUAACCGACUCUAAAAGUUGAAAGUCCUUUUGUGACAAAAAAAAAGUUGUGGACACAUUUGCAUGUGGAUAACGUAGCGAUAGCCAGCAUGCGGCUUGAGUUCUCCUCUUGGAUCUUUAAGUUCCACCCUCUCCAUUCAUCAUUCUACCCACAUUGAGCUUGACAAUCAACCUGAUUUUGCUGCGGAUCAUGUAAUGGUUCCCCUCACCCUUUCGCCUUUCUACAAAUCCAUUGCAUUGAGGACAAGAGGAGUCCACACCUAGAUGAAUCUUUGAUAGAACUUUAACUCUUUUCUAUGUGUUUAUUGUGCAUGCCUUACCAGAGCAACGAUAAUAUCAAAUUGUGUAUUUCUACUCGUAUUUGUACUUGUUUUUUUUACACCUCACCAGAGCUUGAAAGUAUAUCGUAAUGAGGGGGGCAAAAAUGAACCCCUCUUCUAAUGCCUAAUGCCUUACCAAAAAAUAAAAACAGAAACUAUCGCCCCUAUCAUCGACUCACUCUCUAUCUCUCUCUCUCUAUCGCUCCAUCUCUCUCUGAUACACACACAUGACUUUCGUUUUUGUUCAAUUUUUUUUGUUGGAAUAGCUAUCUAAUCACCAUGCUAAAAUAAUUUCUAUAUUUUAUAUGUGGUUCAGCUUUAGAUCGUAAACAGAACUUCAACUUUAUUGUAAAGAAUCAUUCUCUGUAGCCCGUUAACUGAACACUUUUGUAUGAAAUCAUAUCCAAUUUUCCCUAUCUUUCCUUCCCCUCAUUUACAUUAGUAUCCCUUAUUAUUUUAAUGUUGCCUUGUAGAGAACCUUAUAUUUUCGGCUUUAAGUUCCGCUUAGAAAUCCAAACUAAAUCAAAUUCGAAAACUAAAGAUUUUUGCUUUGUCCCUGAGGUUUCGGAUUGGAUCGGCCCUAGAUAAUGCUUGUCUCAUCCUCUCUGACACCGAUAUUCCGAUUUCAAAUCCGAUUCCGGGGUUUCCACCAUGUUUUUUUGUUUGCCCAGCACCCGAUACAUAUUUCUAGUUGUACACUCGUAUUUAAAUAUACAUAGAUAAAGGCCAAAUAAAUUGAUAUACACACUAUAUAUAUAUAGGGAGAGAAAUAAAUAUAUAUACAUAUAUAUAUAUAUACACACACAGAUAUUGAUAAUUAUAUAUACACCUAAUAUUAUAUAGAAAUCCCCAUUCGUAUUUUACUUGAGCAAUUUGCAAAUUGUUUUUGCAUAGAUUUAUUGUUGGAAACGAUUUGAAUUUAAGAACACACUCACACUUACACUGCACACGUUUGCAUGCCUUUCUCGAGAAAAAAAACAAAAAUAAAUCAAGCGAAGCUGAGAAGAUAUCGAUAUCUAUAUAUACGAAACUAUGAGUAUAUCUAUACAUAUAUGUAUGCAACAGAUACAAAUCAACAGGUCGAUGGAAAAACAAACUAAAACAAACUGCAGCAACAAUCAAUUUUCGCGCUUCUUACACUUGAACUCAAACUCCAAAUUAUUGUGAAACUACAUAUAUUGUACAUACAAAGGGCGGAAAGUUUGAGUUCCCUAUUCUACCAUACAAAGUAUAAAAAAAACAAAAUCCAAUCUAGGCUCUAAGAAAAUCCCCAUUUUCACGGCCAGAAACAGAAACAUGUACUCUAUUGCUAUUAAAGCUACUAGGAAGCUUAAAGAUAAUCUUGAAAACACCUUUUGCCGACUACUCUAUUGAUAUGUAUUUUUUUGGGUAUCUAGUAAGCUACUACAUUGAUAACGCUAACUAUUCUGAUAGCAGAAGAAAACCUUACUUUGUGUGCAUUAUAUUCAACAUAAGCAAUACUUAAUUUAGCAUUCGAAUGCAUUAAGCAAUGUUUAAUAACAAUUAAAUCGAUUAUAAACCAAAGCCCAAGCGGAAACUCAUUCUCACAUUACACAUUCUACAUACAGACACAAACAUAACUAAAAAGUUUUUGAAAUUAUUGCGAAAAGAAAAA